AUGAGUACGGAACAUAACAAACAAAGUGACAUUGUUUCUGUUACACCGCCGAGUUCAGCAAAAGGACCUCCAUAUUAUAGAAAAUCUGUGCUGCCACAAAUCACUACCCCUGCUUCAUUUACGUCACAGAAUCAAGAAACUUUAUUCAAAUUAUUCACUUAUACAGUCAUUUUAUUACCAACACUCACCUCAAUCCUCUUUCCCAUAAACUCUAAUAACAUCCCCAGAAACGAACAGAUUGGCAACUUCAUCAUCGACUUAUUAACAGUGGUACUCAUAAGCUGGGUAGUGAGAUUCACAAUCGAAUGGCCAUACAAUUGGAUGAAACAACUACAAAAUACAAAAACAAAGCUUUUGAAACAAUUGAAGCCAGAAACGGAAAAAAAAGAAGGAUAUCGAAACCAACAUCGACAUGGCGAGAUUGACGACAAGGUCAUAUUGCUAAUCAGAAAAAUCUCCACUUUUGAAAUCAUCGCCUUGUUAUGCUGCUUGCUCUCCUCCAUAUUCAGCUCAACCCUACUAAUAUGGACAAGACAGUACACAAUCAUUGACCAACAAAGAAAAAAAAUGGUUUUCAACAAUGUCAAUAUCGCCUUGUUGCAAUUUUGUUCCAUUUUCAGAAUCAUCAUCACAUUUACUGACCUGUUGCAAAGCUCUUCCUUGAACAACAGUCAAAUCAAUAUCCAAAACUCCGACUUCCAAGGCUGGUUUCAAGACUUGAGGCACUAUUUUUUGCCAAAUCUAACGAAUCAGAUCUUGUUGGACCACUUGCAAUCUCAUAACAAACAAUUUGAUAAAUUGAAAUUGGACUUGGCCAGACUAGAAUGUGAGUUGCAAGAGAAAACUAGUGCUGAUCCCAAACGCAUAUCAAAACCCAUGACUCCACCCAUAGAAAUCCAACGAACAAGUUAUUCAAAAAACAAGAAACUUCAACUGUCACUACAAUUGCAGCGGCAACCACAUUAUUUUGCAAACGCAAAAACCCCUUCAGAACUAUACACUAACUCAAUCUCGCCAUUUCCAUUGAACGUAUCUCAUUCUGCCUCUGCUUGGGCAUCGGUCUCGGCCACGGCCUCGCCUUCUUCUUCUACUACUUCUACUACUACUACUUCUUCUUCUUUACCCACACAAACCAAAAUCGACCAGUUACAAUCUGUUCGACCAUCCAUAGUUAGAAGAAGAUCAACACUUACAAUGGGGAAGAAGACAUUAAGGACAAUCGCCGAGGAAGAUGACCACUACACUAAUAACAAUGUAGAUAAUAACAUUGUUAAAAAUCUUAAUAAUGGUGAUAGUAAUGGUGAUAGUGAUGACAUUAUAUUUGAAUCUAUUAGAACCCCAUCGUUUAGUAAAUUUGCUACGCCGCCACAAGUGAAUCAUUCUCAAACACACACAUCCUUUUCUCAAAAUGUGAGCAUGGUCUUGAAAUCAAUCAAAAAUGAAGUCACGCUCCAAGAUAUAUUCAAGAACCCACAAAUUGUACGCAAGAUCUUGAUGAGCGAGAUUACUCCUUUAAUCAACCAAUUGCAAUUGUAUGAUUAUGAAAUACUAAAGACUUUUUUAGUCGAGGUGAUUGACAAAUACUUGUUAGGAUUGUACGUUGUCGUAAUGGAACAAUUUUUGGAGGUUACUCGGCAUCCAGCUCGGAAUAUGAUGUAUGCAAUUUACUUUGCAUUCGUCGCACUACCAAUUUACGGAAUCAAGUGCUAUUUCAAAAUCUUGCUCCUUAUUCCCAGACUUGUGUUCCGGUGGACAGUGUUGCGGCCAAUAAAUUUUAUUGGCUUGAUAAUUUACACCAUGGUGUCGAUGCUGCCAUUUAGAAACUUUCUAUCGAGAUUGGUCCGUGGCAGCUCAAGAAAGACCAAAACACCAUCCUCAAAAAUGACAACUACAAAUACUUCACUGUUAUUACCACCACCAUUACCAUUGUCAUUACCGCCAUUACCAAAUAAAACUAUGCCUAAUACAACUGCAUCCAUAUCAAAUUUAUUACUUGAAAAUCUGCCCCGAAUCAAGAGUCAAUUUACUAUGAAGCAGUUCCAUUUGUCACCGACCCUUGAUAAAGGAGAAUUUCCACCGUUGGUAUCUUUGGGUGCACCAUAUCACGAAUCUAUUAAUGACAAUAACAACAAUCAUCUUGCUGGUUCAAGAAUGUACAAGUCAUCAAAUUAUGCGCAUACUCCAUUAAUUUCAGUAAUGCCUAGUCCUGCGAAACCAACAAAGCUUGCAAGGAAAUUCAGAUAUGACCAUAACACAACAGCAGCUUCGUUGUAUGAUAAUAACUAA